AUGGCUGAUUUUAGUACUGUGGACAUUUCUCAAAUUACGUCAACUUCUGGAAGAGAUUUUUCAUCCAAUGGAUCAAGUGACUUCAACUCAGAAUUUUUAAUAAGUAAGAAGAAAGAAGUAAAAUGGAGUGAAUGCCGAGAUUUGGUCGAAGUUCCGGGUGAACCAGAAUGGCAAUUACGAUAUAUGGCUGAAGCUUUUCCACAGUAUUGCUGGAAAUAUGUCGAACCACAAGUGAUUGCUUACUAUUACUACAACAUUGCUACAACUGCUAAUGCACCUGCAAUGCUUCCAUCUGCUACACUUCCCGUUUUCUAUGCACAUUUACCGAAUUCAUUUUCACCCUAUGAUUUCAGCAUUCAACUGAAGUCAUUAGAUCGAGUCCGCGAGCAAUUAUAUCGUCAAAUUCAGACUGUAUACAGUGCAGAGAACGAAUUUGAUGUUUCAAUGUUGAUCGAUGACUGGAAAUGGUUACGGGCAAGGAUCUUGAAAUUUAGUAAAGGAAAUGAUGUAAUAGUAGAUCUUGUGGAUAUUGGUAACGACAAUAUUGUCAACAUAGAGAAUAUUCGGCCUCUUCUAAAGGUUUUUGGACGUUUGCCUCCGCUUGCUUUGCGUUGUCGUAUGAAAGACGUCGACAUGAACGAUCUAACAAUGGAAAAAGUGAAUGCAUUUCAAAAUUUAAUUAAAUCUUGUGGUGAUGUUGUUCGAGUAGAACUCGCUGAUGUAUCCUCCAUACCAUUUCUCGUCAAUUUAUACCAUCCAACGGUACAUGACAAAAAUCUUGGUAAACCAUUUUAUCGUUGUAAAGAGCAUGCCAAACAUAAAGCAGCACGAGAGAGGCGAUGGAAGCAAAAAUUGGCUCGAAUGAACAAUGAUUUUUCAAAUGAUUGUACAAGUGAGGAAGGUUCCGAAGGUGAAUGCUUACAACCUACACAUGUGUUGCAUUUGGAAAGAUUACAAAAGCCUAUCGAUGAUGAACCACUUUAUAUUGCUCAUAUCGAAAAUAGUCGUUUCAUUUAUUUACAUAGCAAAUAUCACAAAGAUACAAUCGAGAAAUUGGAAAAACAAUUGUUGAAUAAGUGGUCUGAGCUAAAAAUUGUUCCUCAAAAAUACUUGAUGCCGGCAUUAGCUUGUGCUUAUUCGGACAUUUCCAAUUGCAAUCCCUGUAGAGUCAUAGUGGCAGAAGUUGGAGAUCAAACAUUGUGGCUACGUAGCGCCGAUCAUGGAUGGAAGAAGAAUUUGUCGAAAUUGGAUUGCCUGUCUGGUAGUUUACGUUUUCUUACAAAAGAAUUCUCAGAAACACCACUUAUGUAUCUCUGUUGCCUGCCAACCUCCACACAGUAUUAUCCACAUCGAUCCGAAACGAAUAUUCUACGCAGUAUUUUACCAACCGGUAUGCUUGUGAAUAUUCGUCGCCUUUCCUGUAAGCGAUCUUUACCGUAUAAAACGAACAUUUUUUUCGAGAAUAACGAAUCAGUUACCGACGUCCUCGAACGGUUAAAAGCCGAAAAACGAGUAAUACAUCCAUGCUUCGACUUACUACCAUACAAACCAUCGCCAUAUAGUGAACUUUGCAAGCUUGACUGCGAUUAUCAGGAAGAUCUCGAAAUUUUCUUGCCAUUUGCAAGAGGUCAUCUGGAGUACGCCAACUUGUAG